UCGACCUAUUUUUUUUUUUAAUCACAAUACUGUGAAUACUGUCUUAUCUGCUGUGAGGGGAGAUUGGGGAAUUGACAGUACUUUAGAAAAGCACCUGUAAGAAAUUUGACAUGGCGUUAUUCAGAUGUGGACUUAAGUUUAGGGCACUCUCCGCUGCUCUCAGAAACAAUGUUGCCUGCAUGUCAUCGCUUCCCCAGCCAAUUAAGAACCCCGAAAUCAAAUACAAUAAGGUUUUCAUCAACAAUGAUUUCGUAGACAGUCAGUCGGGGAAGACGUUCCCAACGAUUAACCCAGCAACAGGGGAGGUCAUCUGUCAGGUCGCUGAAGGAGAUAAGAAAGAUGUAGACCUAGCAGUGAAGGCAGCCCAAGAUGCUUUCCGAUUGGGAUCACCAUGGCGACGAAUGGAUGCUUCAGAAAGAGGUGUUCUUCUCAAUAAGCUGGCAGACCUGAUAGAGAGAGACAGAGUCUACAUUACAUCUUUGGAAACACUUGACAAUGGUAAACCUUAUCAUGUGGCCUUUAACGCGGAUCUUAACCUGGUCAUCAAAUGUUACCGCUACUACGCCGGCUGGGCUGAUAAAAUCGAGGGCAAGACUGUGCCAGUGGCUGGAGAUUUCUUUGCUUACACCAGACGUGAACCCGUAGGAGUUUGUGGACAGAUCAUCCCGUGGAACUUCCCCCUGCUGAUGCAAGCCUGGAAGCUGGGCCCUGCCCUGGCUUGUGGUAAUGUGGUUGUUAUGAAGGUCGCAGAGCAGACUCCUCUCACCGCCCUCUACAUUGCUCACCUGGCUAGAGAGGCUGGAUUCCCUCCUGGUGUUAUUAACAUCAUCCCAGGGUAUGGCCCAACUGCAGGAGGAGCUAUCGCCAGUCACAUGGAUGUCGACAAGCUGGCCUUCACCGGCUCCACAGAGGUUGGACAAAUUGUAGCUCAGGCAGCUGCCCAGUCCAACCUGAAAAGAGUGACCCUUGAACUCGGAGGGAAAAGUCCCAAUAUUGUUCUGGCUGACGCUGAUAUGGAACAGGCUGUUGAAACAUCCCACUUUGCCCUGUACUUCAAUCAAGGACAGUGUUGUUGUGCUGGUUCCCGUACUUUUGUCGAGGAGAAAAUCUACGACGAGUUUGUGGAGAGGAGUGCAGAGAGGGCAAAGAAAAGGACUGUUGGAAAUCCUUUUGAUUUGACCAAAGAACAGGGACCCCAGGUGGACCAAGAGCAAACAGAUAAAAUCAUGUCGUACAUCAAGAGUGGAAAAGAACAAGGUGCCAAACUUGUGGCAGGGGGCAACAAGAUGGGGGACAAGGGCUACUUCAUUGAACCCACAGUCUUUGCAGAUGUGAAGGAUGAAAUGAAAAUUGCUCAAGAAGAGAUUUUUGGCCCGGUGCAGUCCAUUUUGAAGUUCAAGGACAUGGAUGAACUGAUUGAGAGAUGUCACAAGACAAUCUAUGGACUGGCUGCUGCUGUUCAAACCAAGGACCUUGAGAAAGCACUACACCUCUCUAACACCUUGAGGGCUGGCACAGUCUGGGUGAACUGUUUUGACGUGUUCGAUGCCAGCAUGCCUUUUGGUGGAUACAAAAUGUCUGGUAACGGUAGAGAGCUGGGAGAGUAUGGAUUGGAGGCAUACUCAGAAGUCAAAUCCGUUGUAAUCAAGAUUCCACAGAAGAAUUCCUAAAUCUCAGAGAUCAGAACAAGUGCUGUGGCUGUUUUUGUACAGAAUUUCAUUAGUGGAAUUUAAUAAGUGCUUUAAGCGUACAUUUGUUGUCUGAAAUAUUUAUGUACAUUUAUUUGCUUUACGUACAGUGUACAUUAUUUACUCAUGCAAGUGCUUUAUGAUGUUGUGUACAGUAGUACAUUUUCUAACUUUUGUUUCACACCACCCUACAGUUGAUUUUUAUGUGUGUUUACAAAUGACUAAUAUUCACUAUAGCUGGUUUAUAAAUAAAUGUAAUUGUACAGUGUAUGUUUACCGUAGCUUAAUUACUUUUUA